AAGUGACAGACGUCAGCUGAGCCGAGUCGCAUAGGUAUAGUCAAUCUAGCUCUACUUUAGAAAAAAACAUCCUAAUACUAGUAUAUAGAUCUAAGUAAAAUUAUAUCAAAAACAAAGAAAUUUUUGCGUAGUUCGUUCGCGUUCGUGACUCGAAAUAGCAAUAGAUCUAUUAUGUGCUAAAUAGUGGAACGUAAACGCUACCAAAUAAUUUAAAUUUCAAAAAACAUUACAACGCCUUUUCGUUUCGAUUCGACAGAAAAUGUGAACAAGUGUGAAGGUCAUCAUUCGUCACUUUGUUGCCAAUUAUUAUUAAUACUAAGCCGUCGUUUAAACUGCGUCUCGCUCGCUCUAGCGGGUGACGUCGAGAGGAUUCGCCGUUUACGUAACACUGUAACACGGUUCCUAAACAGCUGUUCAUUUCAACAGCUAAAACGAAAAGAGUCGAGUUCGUCUUAAUAAAAUUCAUCAAGCGACCGGCAACAUGCUGAAUGCAUGCACCAAGUCGUUGCGCAAUGCGCGCUCGCUCGAGCGCUGUAUGUCCAGCGUGGUGGAGCUGCCCAAAUUCCAAGAUAGCGGCGUCAAGAAUGAGCCUGUUCUGGCUUAUAAGAAAGGCAGCAAGGAGCGGACCGAGCUCGCCAACGAGCUACAGCGCGCCGCCGCCGUAACCGAGGAGGUGCCCAUCGUGAUCGGCGACGAGACCAUCAGGGAUGGUGAGCCGCGUUUUCAGGUGAUGCCACACGAUCAUGCGCGUAAAAUCGCCAAGUUCUACUAUGCAAGUGAAAACACCAUAAAGAAAGCCAUUGAUGUGUCUGUAGAAGCACAAAAACGUUGGGAUAAAACACCAUUUGAACAAAGGGUGCAAAUUUGGAACAAAGCCGCCGACAUGAUGGCGGGAGCUUAUCGCCAGGCUCUCAAUGCUGCUACUAUGCUGGGCCAGUCCAAGUCAGUCAUACAAGCAGAGAUUGACUCAGCUGCGGAACUCAUUGAUUUUUACCGAUUCAAUAUAUUCUUUUUGAAAGAAAAUAGCAAGUAUCAACCAAUCUCUGAGGACCCAUCAGUGACCCGUAAUUCCCUAAGAUUCCGUGGAAUAGAUGGCUUCAUUGCAGCUAUAAGUCCAUUCAACUUCACUGCUAUUGGAGGCAACUUGGCCUACACACCUGCCCUUAUGGGAAAUGGAGUGCUGUGGAAACCAUCAGACACUGCAGUGCUGUCCAACUGGCGAAUCUUCAAUAUUAUGAGAGAAGCAGGCCUUCCUGCCGGAGUAGUAAAUUUUGUUCCAGCAGACGGACCCACUUUCGGGCGCACCAUCACAGCUUCCCCUCACCUUGCUGGAAUCAACUUCACAGGCUCAGUUCCCACUUUCAACUGGUUAUGGAAUGAAGUGGGCAAGAACCUACAAGUGUACCGUAACUAUCCAAGAUUAAUUGGUGAAUGUGGAGGUAAGAACUACCACUUUGUACAUCCAUCGGCAGAUGUGGAGUCAGUCGUGGCUGGAACUAUUCGAUCAGCAUUUGAAUACUGCGGACAGAAAUGCUCUGCUUGCUCCAGGAUGUAUGUGCCUAGAUCUCUGUAUGAACAGAUCAAGGAAGGAUUGUUGAGAGAGAGGGCAAAACUUAAAGUUGGUGACCCGACAGACUUCAGCAUUUUCACAGGUGCUGUAAUUGAUGAUAAAGCUUUUGCUAGAAUAACAGGAUAUAUCAAGAAUGCGAAAAAUAACCCCAAAAAUAAAAUCAUUGGGGGUGGCGAAUUUGAUGACAGUAAAGGCUAUUUUGUCCAACCUACCAUCAUAGAGACAACUGAUCCCCUUGACAAACUUAUGACAGAAGAGAUAUUCGGCCCUGUACUCACUAUCUAUGUGUAUGAAGAUAAAGAUCUGCAGCAGACAGUGUCACUAGUGGGCUCCUCUACCAAGUUUGCCCUGACUGGAGCUGUAUUUUCAACAGACAAAGCUUUCCUUAAAACGGCACUAGAAGAGCUGAAAAUGACUGCAGGCAACUUUUACCUCAAUGACAAGUCAACAGGAUCUGUCGUAGGCCAGCAACCAUUUGGAGGUGGCCGCAUGUCUGGAACCAACGACAAGGCGGGUGGCCCUAUCUACGUUAUGCGGUGGACCACACCCCAGUCCAUCAAGGAGACCUUUGUUCCGCUCCGUGACAUAGACUACCCCUACAUGAGAGAGUAAUUACCAAAUUAACUGGAAUGGGUGAUAAACUAUGAUCAUAUCUGUCUCUCCAAUUCCAUGCUGGCUAAUGGAAACAUCACUUCAUAAAUUUAUGAGUACAAUAAUAGUUAAUUAGUGAAUAAUGUAAUGAUAAGUUAUUAUAAAUUAUUAUAAUACUUGCUUGUCUGUCUAGGAUGUGUUAUGUUAACGUAGUGAGAGGUGACGGUAGUCAGUGUAGGAGCAGUCUAUAUAAUUGUAUGUAGCAUUGUUUGCUUACAAUAAUUCACUGUACUUUAUAGUAGGUGUCCAAAUGUUAACUAUUUCAGUUAGUGAAAUAAGCUAUCAACAUUUAGACAUUAUGUAUGUGUACAGAAUAUAACAAUAGGUAUUGUACCUACAGCAUGAUUAUCUAACUUGUUUUGUCGAGUAUUUUUGCAAUGAACUAUAAUAUUAACACAAAAUUUAUACAUAUUUCCUAAGAAUAUCGUAGCACUGACUACUUUUGUGUGUACUGCAGUUGAAAUUUUAACAAUAAUAUUAUGUGACAUAAAAAUUAGUGGUAUAAAUUAAAGUUCUUACCCACACUACUGGAUUGAAGUGAUGUGGAUACGUAGAGAGUUAAUAUUAAUCAUAACAGUUUAGCUGGCGGUGCAGCGGCUUCACUAGCGGUUUAUUGUGGUUUAAUUGUAUAUAUUGUAUUCAGUUAUGUUUACGUAAGCGAGUCCGUGCUACGUGCUGCUCCAGGCCACGGGUCGCGGCUCGCGCCGAGCCAAUCGGACUGUCCCCGUCAAACCGUUGCCUAUUUGCUUUCCUCUUAUCAUUAAAACACGCAUUCAUAUCUAACUCGAGUACGUUUAUCUAUUUAUAGUUCGGUUAUCGCCCUGCUCUCUGAUUUAAUUGACUGCAUUUAUGCUUUUAUAUACUUAUAUACAUUAGAAUAUUGGACAUUAGAGAUACCUAAUAUGGCAUAUAAUUACUUGAACUAAACAUUCUACCGCUUUAUAACAGUGAAGGUAAACAAAUUGGUCGAUUCAUUUGCAACCUUUGACAUUAUACAGAUGUUACAGUCCAAAAAAACAAACAUGAUUUAAAUAAUAUGACAUUAUUUGAAUGUUAUCGCCGCCUGUAUAAAGAAUUUAUUUUCGUAUUCCGAGUUUUGCAAGUCAUCGGGGAAAGUUCUUUAUAAUACGCUAGAUUUCUGAUUGACAUCCUUUAGUUACAUACAUAAAUGAGUACAUGCAUAGCUAGACGUUGGCAGCGUCCGUCUCCCGUGUUAAAUGUUCUUGGAUAGUCAUUAUUUUAUUAUUCUGCUUUUUAUCAUAUAUUAUACAUUGUUAUUAACCACUUUUUAUGUUUUACUAAUUUAUUAUGUUCCUUUUUACUAUAUUAUUGUUAAUGAUAUUUUAUAGUAUUACUGUAAAGAUUUAAAUAAAACAUUUCAGCAGUC